UAAUACAUAUGUACAUAUAAAUGAAUCGCUCUGUGUAGAUGAAUUAAAAUACGAAUAUUCGCGACUAUUAUUGAACUUUUUACACUAAUAGCGUCUAGUGUCAAUACAUGUGUAAUAUUGUGUUAAUUUUACUCCCUCUUGGAAAUCGCAACUGGUGUUCGUCACAGUAGACAAACUGAAUUAAAGAUCACGGGUGUUGUCCCUAAGUAGUAUGUAUAUACAUUUUCCAUUAUUAUAAGUUGAUAUUAACAAUUUCUGUACAUAAAAUGGCGGAGGGAAAUGCUGGAGUUAGUGCUGAGGGUGCUGUCGCUUUGGCUGCCCCAAAUCCCAACGCCGAAGUUAUAAGGGGACAAAUAUUUGAAGUCGGUCCACGGUAUAGGAAAUUAACAUAUAUUGGUGAAGGCGCAUAUGGCAUGGUGGUAUCUGCCGAUGAUACGUUGACGAACCAAAGAGUUGCUAUUAAAAAGAUAUCGCCGUUUGAGCACCAAACUUAUUGCCAACGAACUUUGCGGGAAAUAACCAUUCUCACAAGAUUUAAGCAUGAAAAUAUUAUUGAUAUUCGAGACAUUUUGCGAGUAGAUAGCAUAGAACAAAUGAGGGAUGUAUAUAUUGUACAAUGCUUAAUGGAGACUGAUCUGUAUAAAUUACUGAAAACGCAGAGGCUGAGUAAUGAUCAUAUCUGUUACUUUUUGUAUCAGAUAUUGCGUGGUCUAAAGUACAUCCAUUCGGCAAAUGUUUUACAUCGAGACCUUAAACCGAGCAAUCUUUUACUCAAUAAGACGUGCGAUUUAAAAAUUUGUGACUUUGGCUUGGCACGAAUUGCCGAUCCUGAGCACGAUCACACUGGCUUUCUUACCGAAUACGUAGCUACUCGAUGGUAUAGGGCACCAGAAAUUAUGCUGAAUUCAAAGGGGUAUACUAAAUCGAUUGAUAUCUGGUCGGUAGGAUGCAUUUUGGCUGAAAUGUUGAGCAAUCGACCCAUAUUUCCCGGCAAACAUUACUUGGAUCAGCUUAACCACAUUCUUGGUGUGUUAGGAUCACCAUCACAGGAGGACUUGGAGUGUAUUAUUAAUGAAAAGGCAAGAAAUUAUUUAGAAUCCUUGCCUUUUAAGCCAAAUGUGCCAUGGUCAAGGUUAUUUCCCAAUGCAGACGCUCUGGCAUUGGAUUUACUUGGAAAAAUGUUGACGUUUAACCCGCACAAACGAAUUCCAGUAGAGGAAGCUCUUGCACAUCCAUACUUGGAGCAGUAUUAUGAUCCUGGUGAUGAGCCCGUUGCUGAAGUACCAUUUCGCAUCAACAUGGAAAAUGAUGAUAUAUCUCGAGAUGCUUUGAAGUCAUUAAUUUUUGAAGAAACGUUGAAAUUUAAAGAACGACAACCAGAACAGGCGCUUUAAAAAUAAUUACAAAAAUAAAAAUACUUACAUUUUAAA